AGAUAGAAUUAGAUAGCGUGACAUGGAGGUACGGACAGAUAGACAAUUAUGAAUGAAAAAAACGUAACAACACAACACAACAUGUUAUUAUUACACAACAAUUAACACUACAAACCCCUGUAUUUAAAGAUUUUAUCUCCCACGUUAAGGAAUGCUCUUCCUCUUUUCUUUUCAUUUCUCUCUCUACUCUCUCUAUCCCUUGUCUCUAUUUUUCUUCUUUGGUUCUUCUCCUUCAUGACUCAGGUGAUGGAGAGAGACGGCGUCGUUUCAGAAGAAGUUCAUGUCUUAGCCGUCGAUGAUAGCCUCGUCGAUCGGAAGGUCAUUGAGCGCUUACUCAAAAUCUCAGCAUGUAAAGUUACUGCUGUUGAUAGUGGAAUCAGUGCCCUGCAGUUACUGGGGCUAGACGAACAGAGAACAUCUGAAUCAGAUGAUUUUGUGGGUUUAAAGGUAGAUCUAAUUAUCACAGACUAUUGCAUGCCUGGAAUGUCUGGUUAUGAUUUGCUCAAAAAAAUUAAGGGAUCGUCCACUUUCAGAGAAAUUCCGGUCGUCAUCAUGUCCUCGGAAAAUAUCUUGCCACGAAUUGACAGAUGCUUAGAGGAGGGAGCAAAGGAUUUCAUAGUGAAGCCAGUGAAGUUAUCUGACGUGAAACGGUUGAAGAAUUAUAUGAGCACCGCCACCAGGGACGUUAGCGCCGCCGAAGCCGGAGGUUGCAGCGGUGGCGGCGGUGGUGGUGGAGGAGGAAUUAACAAAAGGAAGCUUUCAGACACUACCGCCUUUGAUUAUCUGUCAUCAUCUCCACCGUCCAUUUCGUCCUCAAUAACCCCCUUAUCAUCGCCGUCCGAUUCUUCUUCAUCGCCUUCGCCGUCGCCAUUAUCUUCGCCCAUCAGAUCGCUUGAUUCUCCAAUCCGACGGCUUAAAAUGACCGGCGCAGAUUGAGUUUUGCUGUGUCGGCCCCACAUUAUGUUCCUCUCUCUCUUGAGCUCUGCUGAAGUAUCUUCUUCAUUCCUUUUUUUAAAUUUAUUUUUCUGUUGGGGUUGAAACUGCAAUUUUCUGUUGUUUGUAACGGUUUUUGUUGCAUCAAUAGUUCAAUACCCCUGCUCUUUGCUUUUGCUAAUUUAUUUUGUAUGAAGGUGGGUUAAAGAAAGUUGAUGGGUAUAAUAUCAUAAUAAGAUUAUUGUUCCUCCUC